AUGGCAGAAGAUCAUCGUGCUAGCAACGGCUGGUCGGACCUUCCCUGGGAUCUUCUUGACCGCAUCCUGCAACACCUCGAGCUCCCAGAAUCCCUGGCUGUCGCAGCGGUCUGCGCUCCAUGGCGCUCCGCCGCGGUGGCUUCCGGCGUUCCUCCUCGUUCCCGGACACCAUGGCUCGCCUCCCGCGUUCUCGGAGAAGCGAGAGGCAGCAGUACGUUCCGGAACCUCCUCGACGCCGGCAAGACACACUACAAGGCUAGUCUGCCCCAGGGCCGUCGCCACCUCACUUGGUGCGGAGCCUCCCAUGGCUGGCUCGUCGCCUCCGACGAGCUCUCUAGUCUCUUGCUCUGCAACCCCUUCACGCUCGCGGUCAUCCCUCUCCCGCCUACCACUGCUCUCGGAUGCGUCAAGGAAACUGAUAUUAUUCAAUGUGACUACCGUGGCUGCUGGUUCUACAUGAAGGUGGUGCUGUCAUGCGAUCCGUCCCACCGCGACGACUAUAUUGCCAUGGCAAUCUACGGCAACAAUCAGGUCGCCUUUGCGAGGGCAGGAGAGAGCACCUGGCAACUUGUUAGCGAGAUGCCAUGUCAAAACAAGAACAGGACCUUCAGUGAGAAGGGCAUGGAUUUGUAUGCCGAUUGUGUCUCCCACAACGGCAGAUUCUACGCGGUGACAAUGUGUGGGGCGGUCGAGGCGUGGGAUCUCAGUACUGAAGAAGAACCGAGCAGGGAGGCCAUCAUCGCCGCCGGGGAUGGGAGGUACUGGAGCGUUCUUACCAGGUUCCUGGUGUCCACCCCCUGGGGUGCUCUCCUGCAGAUACGAACCCAGCGGCGCAGAGAUCAUCGUGGGAAGAUCAAGGUUGUGGUUCUCCAGGUCGACGUCGAGGAGCGCAGGCUCAUCAGGUUGAGUCCUGCCACAUCCUUCCAGGAUCAGGCAGUGUUUGUUGGGUUGAACGAUUCUAGAUGCCUGCAUCCCAGAGAGUUUCCGGAGCUUAGGCCUAACUGCAUCUACUUUACAACACCUUCGUUGACAAACGCAGAAUGUUUUGGUCUCGACGAUUGGAGUGGUGUGGUGAUUUACGACUUGGAAAGCCAGACAUCCGACCACGUUCUUCCUAAACCUGAUCAUUAUUCUAUAUUGUGUCCCUGGCAUGUUUGGUUAAUUCCAAAUAUCUGA